AAAAUAAAUAAAAACCGAAAAUCUCUCCAUUUUCUCCGAAAUUUCCAUUGUUUUGGCCAAAAUCCACGAAAUCCCCCCGAUUAAGCCACCCAAUCGCCGCCAACAGUGCGCAACACGUAUUAUGGAAAAUGAUCGGUAUGUCUAGUGCGCAGAGUGCGAUCACCUUCUCAUUGACGUAUGACGUUCGAGAAGAUUUCACAACAUUGUUGUGAUGUCUGGUGGUGCUUCAUGAUGUGAUGUUCUCUUGUAGAUUAAGUAAGAAUGCCAAUUCAGGCUCCACAGUGGACGGAGUUCCUGUCUUGUCCCGUUUGCUGCAAUGCAUUUGACGUCGCCCACCGGAGCCCCAUCAGCCUGGGCUGCGGGCACACGGUGUGCAAGACCUGCCUGUCCAACCUGCACCGGAAGCAGUGCCCCUUCGACCAGACCACCAUCAGCAUCGACAUUGAGAGUCUGCCGGUGAACACGGCGCUGCUGCAGCUGGUGGGGCCCCUGAUCAAGAAGGAUGACGACGCGGUGGACCAGAAGAUCGUGUCGAGGGACAACGUGGCGUACUACCAGGACUCGAGGAAGUGCGUCGAGGAGCUGGCGAUGUACCUGAAGCCCCAUCCGAACGGGAACGUGUGCGGGAGCGGGAGCAUUCUGUCGAGGCCGAUGCAGCGGAAGCUGGUGACGCUGAUCAACUGCCAGCUGGUGGAGGAUGAGGGCAGGACGAGGGCGAUGAGGGCGGCAAGGUCGCUGGGGGAGCGGACGGUGACGGAGCUGAUUUUGCAGCACCAGAACCCGCAGCAGCUCUCGGCGAACCUGUGGGCGGCGGUGAGGGCCAGGGGGUGCCAGUUUCUGGGACCAGCCAUGCAGGAAGAGGUGUUAAAACUAGUCCUUCUAGCCCUGGAAGACGGCUCGGCCCUGUCGAGGAAGGUCCUGGUGAUGUUCGUCGUCCAGCGCCUGGAACCCCACUUUCCGCAAGCCUCGAAGACUAGCAUAGGUCACGUGGUCCAACUCCUCUACAGGGCGUCAUGUUUUAAAGUAUCGAAACGCGAAGGAGACUCCUCCCUGAUGCAACUCAAGGAAGAAUUCCGCACUUACGAAGCCUUACGUCGCGAGCACGACGCCCAAAUCGUCCAAAUUGCAACCGAAGCGGGUCUCAGGAUCGCCCCAGACCAAUGGUCGGCGCUGCUCUACGGGGACACCGCCCACAAGUCCCACAUGCAGAGCAUCAUCGACAAGCUGCAAACUCCUCAGUCUUUUGCUCAAUCGGUCCAGGAGCUGGUCAUCGCCCUGCAGAGGACCGGGGAUCCGGGGAAGUUGUCCGUUUUGAGGACGCCGCUGGAGCUCCUGGCGGGGAUCGACCCGAGUCCUGAAUCAUCUACGCCAACUUGGAAAGAGUGUAGCGAGGCCCUGGAGGCGGUCCGCCUAGUAGUAGCAGGCCUAGUAGAAUUCAUCCAUCAGCAUGGAAGUAGAAAAUUACAAGACACUACCCAUUCCCAACACGCCAAAUAUAAAAUUAGUAUGUGCCGAGAUUUAACGUUGAGGGGGAACUGUCCGAGGGGCACUAAUUGCACGUUUGCGCAUUCUAAUGAAGAACUAGAAAAAUACCGCGCCAAGAACCGCAAGACCAUCAUCCGCAACAAAGAGCACCGAAUCGACAGCCAAUCCCCCACCGAGAAAGUCUACCCCCAAACCGAAGACUACUACUCCAUGCCGAACACCGCCACCGUCAGUCCCGUUCCCAUCCCGGCCGUCGUCCAAAUCCAGCGAAUCGGCUACGACGUGGCCUUCAACCACAACCUGCCUCCGUACGCCCCCCAGCCCAUGUACGCCCAAACCGGCACACCCUACUCGCACGAAGUCUACUCCACAGCGCCGCCCAACAUCGUCCUGACCAACAACGACCAGUUCUACCCCCAGCAGACCGACUACACGAACAUCGGCCACCAGAGCAACCAAAACGCGGAUAAGAGGACCAACUGGGACAACGUGAUCAGCAAGAACCAGAACGUGAUGCCGAGCACCAAGCGGUCGUCGACGAAGAGCCUCGCGGAGCUGCACCAGAGGAAGCAGGAGGUGCUGUCGCAGCUGGAGAAGGUGGUGGGGAAGAACGCGGCGACGGCGAUUUCGCAUAACGCGACGAGCAUGGCGAGGCAGGAGUCGCAGCACGACCUUGAUAGCCCCACGUCGCCGUACACCUUCUGGACGGGGCACGUCAACAGCGGGCCGACGUUCGUGAGGUCGGAUUCGAUUCUGGCCGCUGAUGACGACUACGUGCCGUACGAUUCGCCAGCGAUUAGUAAAUAUGGGCCAAUUUCGAGGAUGCAUAAGGAUAAUGGGCAGGUGUCGUCGUUUAGGGACGGGAAUAUGUCAUCGCCUUUGGUAAGUUAUAGUGAUCUAAACUAUCUCCAACCUUCCAAACUUGUGAGAUGUGGCUUCAGUGUAACGCUUCUACAAGAACUCCUAUCCAAGAUGCGCCGACCCCUCGCAUCCGCCAGUCCGGUCACCUCUUUGUACUACAACAACAAUCCGCCGCCAUUCCACCAAGGGUCAAUACCACCGGGACACGCCAUCGUUGGACAUCCUGGUAGCGGAUUGGGAUCUCCCCAACUGAUUUACCACCAGAGGAUGCAAGACCCCUCCAAGGAGCUCCUGGCCGAGUCGCAGCGCGUCAAGCUGCAACUAUGCAACUUGGAGAAGCAACUCAACGACCUAAAGCUGGCGACACAGGGCGUGACGACCUUGAGCGAACGCGACAGACUGACCCAGGAACUGCAACUCAUUGAGCAAGGGAUCCAGGAGAAGCAGAAGGAAGCCUGCCUGAAUAAAAUCGUGCACUCGUGGAACCAAGCCAUGGGCAACUACAACAACGCCAACGUGGCGAAUUUGGAGACGUCGGAGGAGGCGAUGUACGAGGCCGACAUUGCGAACGACAUGCGCCAGUUAGAGAUUCGUCUCCAGGAAGAGAUCGAAGAGCAAGAGAAGAUAUGGAGCAGUGAAGAGGACUCCAACCAGUAAAUUAAACCCAAUGGGUUCAGUUCUUCUUUUAUUUCAUGACAUGUUUUCGUGUGGGCAUCAAAGUCUGAUUGCUAUUUUGAAUCAUAAAUGUAGGAAUACGGUCUAUGCAUUUUCUUUCCUAAGGUGAUUUUCUAGCAUUUUUUUAAGACGUGUGAUUCAAAAUAUUUGAUACUUUCAGACUGUUUUAUUCACAUUAAAUACAAUAGGUGCAUUUCACAUUUACUGAAUUCGAUGAGUAGUUGUUCCAGUUUUAUUGGAAAACAGCGUGGCGUCUUUAUCACUCGCUCCAGAGAAUGAUUAGCUGAAAUGUUAUCUAUCUUUAAUCAUACUGUGUGUGAUCGGUAUAUCAAUGUUAUGAGUUGAUAUAUUUUAAUUUAGUGUGCAUUUGUUUGAAAAUGCAACUGACUAAGAAGUUAUGAUGCUUAAAUUUAAUUAUAUAGUCUAAUUUAUUAAGCUUUAUAAAUGGUGUGUUACUGUGUUACAAAGAAAUUAUAAAAAAUGUGUUUAAGUCGUUCUAGCUAAAGCAUUCAGGUCUUAAUAUCUUUGUAAUAUACGUAAACCAACAUACAUGUAUAAUGUAAUUUGAUGUAUGCAUCCAAGGAUUAUUUAGAGCUGUCAUUUUAUUGUAAUAUCAAGUCAUUGCAGUUUCGUCCCGUCGCGGAAUCUAUCGUGGAAAUACCAAGCAAUUUCAGCGCCUUAUUUAGUUUUAUUACGGACGGUCCUGUCGUAAUUAUCUUAGCGACUAAAAGAUAAUUAUAAAAUCGGUUGUUGAUUUUCGCAUUCAAAAUGUCAAGUUGUUAAAUUUCGAUGACUUAUUGCGUUUUUGAAAUAAAAUGAGUCUGUAUUAGAAACUGAGCAUCGAACUAUUUUUUAUAAAUGUAGAAAUGCCAAAGUAAUUUUUUCCAACUUACUAAUAAUAAAACCUGAUGAUGUACUGGAUGGCUCGAUUAUAUAAUUAUUUAUACAAGUGUUACGUAAUCACGUGCUUUGUUAUUUCAAUUUUAGCUUGUCUACGACUUUCGCUUUGACAGCUCUGCGGUUUCGAUUUAUUGUAUAAUUGUAAAAUUCUUUGCUGAAGCAAGUUUGCAAUAUUAGCCUAGGCUGUGUAACAUUGUUUUUUUCGUGAUUGUAUUUAACGUUGUUUACGUUUGCCCUAUAGUCAAGUUUUAUUUAUUGAGUCAUCUGGCAUUCAUUUUUAUAUUAGGUCAUGUUGCACAUGUGAUUAAUAUUUAACUAUUUAUACUGAUUACAUUAAUCACGUAUGUAUAUUUGGGUGGAAGUAUAUAAAUUAUACCAAUAUUUAAAUAAAUUAUUAUUACCUAUCGUGA